UCCCUGUUUGGCGGGAAUUCUUUGGCCGGAACUCGGAAGUGAUGCACUUUUAAAAAGCGAUGCGAGCGAGCGAGCUCAGUGACGGACAGGAAACGCCAAAGUUGACUUUCGCUUUCGUCACGGCCAGUUUGACGAAGAGGCGGCGGCGAAGGAAGCGCUAGUUUUCCGGGAAACCAAAGUGAACGCCGUCAUAUGAACGACAACGAGUCCCCUUGAGGCGGACGUGGCGUGGCGUGGCGAGUAUUCAUCUUUACUGCGUUGCAAGUUGCUUUUCUAGUUCAAGCUAGAAUGAGCCGAGCCGGAAGCGUGAGCUGGAGAGAUUCGGAGACGCUCAUGGACGACUACUUGGCCGCCCUAGGACUGCAUCGGAAGCGGGUCGCAAAGGACGGCUCGUGCUUGUUCCGCGCCGUGGCCGAGCAGGUCCGUCACUGCCAAAGCCUUCACGCGCAAGUUCGUGCCGAAUGCGUCCGCUUCCUGAGGCGAAACAGAGCGAGUUACGAGGCGUUCAUCGAAGGUGAUUUUGAAUCGUACCUGCGUCGACUGGAAGACCCGCAGCAGUGGGCGGGCGAGGUGGAAAUGAACGCAUUAGCCAUCAUGUACAAGAGGGACUUUGUGAUCUUUCAAGAGCCUGGCCAACCCCCAGUGGACAUCACAGGCAAUAAAUUCAAAGAGAAGGUCCAAUUGUCUUUUCUGAACGGAAAUCACUAUGACAGCGUUUAUCCCAUCAGCCAUAUAAAGAACGCCGCGCUCUGUCAGUCCAUCUUGUAUGAGCUUCUGUACGCAGAAGUCUUCCAGGUGAGGCGUCACGCUCUGGCUUCCUGGCGUUCCGGCGGCCGAGCCUGCGUUCAGUUGAGCGACAUCCACAUGGCGGCGUGCGCUAGCAGCGAGUCCGACUCCGACCCGGACCCGGACGCGGGCGACUCUAGGAGUAACGGCAAAAGCUGGACUAGGGGGCGGGGCCGCGGGUUGAUAUUGUCAGAAAGUGUCCGUCGCUCUCUGAACGCCGAUCUGUACAGAAAUGUCGCGUACGACGUGUGGCGUAAGUUCAAGAAAGCGCAGCAAAAGCAGGACUACAGCAUGGCCGCCGAGUUGCAGUUUUCUGCCGGACGGCGCCGUCAGGUCCGGCCGGACGGAAGCGAGCGGGACGUCGACGCCGGCGUCCGGGUGACUCUUUACGCCGAAGACGAAGGCCAAACUCUGCGAUCGGUGACGUCGGAAGUCCCGGGUCGGAGCGACGCCGUCCGUCGGGAGGGGAGGCUUAGCGAUGGGCGGAAAGAGGUGGCUCGGGGCAGGGGCAAGUCCUCCGGUCCCAGAGCGGGUGCCCGUGUACACGUACAGCGGCAGAAGUCCAGAUGGAAGAACACGUCCGACGCCUCCACUUUUGGCCUGACGGAGGAGGAGCGUUUGGCCAAAGACGAGGAGCUCGAAAACGUGGCUCUGGUGGAGCUCCAAAUGAAGGACGAGCGCAGCUUUCCGGCUCUCGGGAGAGCGAGUCCACUUAAAGACAUCGGGGUGCCUUCUUCCCGCGACGCGGAGAGACGGACGAGCGCCGCUCUUCGAAGCGCCGACUCCUCGCGCUCCUCUCCUCCUUCUGCGAAUUCUGCCGUCCCGUCCUCAAAUAUUCCCGCCGGCGAAGCGGCUCCCGUUUUCAUCGCUCCCGUGGCUCCGUCUCCUUCCGCUGCGACGGCCGUUUUCCGGCGUUUGUCCUCGCCCGGGCCUUCGACGGCCCCGAGACGCUCCUCUUCGUCGCCGGCGCCCCACCUUCCGCGAGUCGCGGACGCCCUCCGGAGCUCUGCCGCGGAGCAGAGUCUGUGUCCAGAUUUGCCCGCGGACCGGGGAGCGACCGAAGAAGCGCGGGACGGGGAAGCCGACGCGAUCGGCGACGCGUCGGAUCCCCCUCGGAACCGGCAAGUCCGGUCAGAGCCGCCUCCCGCUCCCCUCCUCCAAAAUCCCGGCCAGGUUGCAUCAGUUGAGGAAGCCUCCUCCGGCGCCCCCUUCCCGACGGGACGGCCCGCCGCUCACCUGCUCCAGAAUCCCGGCCAGAUUGCAUCAGUUGAGGAAGCCUCCUCCGGCGCCCCCUUCCCGCCGGGACGGCCCGCCGCCUCCUUCCCGCCAGGACGGCCCGCUGCUCCCCUGCCCCAGAAUCCCAGCCAGAUUGCAUCAGUUGAGGAAGCCUCCUCCGGCGCCCCCUUCCCGCCGGGACGGCCCGCUGCUCCCCUGCUCCAGAAUCCCAGCCAGAUUGCAUCAGUUGAGGAAGCCUCCUCUGGCGCCCCCUUCCCGCCGGGACGGCCCCCGACCCUCGCGGGAAACAUCCCCGUGCGGCAUCUCUCCCAGGACCCGCUGUACCCAGGCUUCCCCAUGGGGGAAAACGGCAACGUUCUUCCCACUCCGGACUUUUCUCUCCGCGAAUCUGGAGAAGACCUCCCCCGAGAUAUAAACGUCCUGAGGUUUUUCUUCAACUUGGGCGUGAAGGCUUACACCUGGCCCUUCUACAUGCCCUGGGUGUACCUGUUGCCCCUCCAGCAGACCCACAUCGUGCCCCAAAUCCUCUGUCCGGCCCAGACUCCCCACCAUCCUCCCGACGACUCCCUCCCGCCCGCCGAUGACUGCUACGGCCGAGCGUGGCGGGAGUACGGCGAGUCGGCGUGGCGACGGCAGGCGGCGGAAUCCGCCGCACGGUCCGCCCCGUUGGCGACGUCCCCCCGGAACCCUUUUGCCGAUGUGCUCCGCGGAGGUUCUCUGGAAACGUCUCCAAUCGGUUCUCUGGAAACUUCUCCCAUCGCUACAGUACUAGCACCGAAUACAGGGGAGGACAGUGUAAACGUGAUGCCACAGCCUGACGACAACGCAAGACAGGGAGGAGCCGUUCCUUUGGCCCGCACGCCGCCGCCUCAUCACCCGUCAGUGGGCAGCAACACAGAAGAAGCCUACGAGUCAAACGACCAGAGGCCGGCACAGGGCCGACAUUACGGCGGACGGCGAGGCGGUUACCGGAGGAGACGUGGACGAGAACCCGGCGUUCAAGGAAGAUACUGACUCCUACGUUUGGACAUUGGAUGGCGUUUGUCCAAUAAAGACUUCUAAACUGCAACUUUAUACCUGUCGUGUCUUUAGCUUAUCCUUCCGAGGUGCUGCCGGUUCCCCUCGUAACAUUUCAAGUUGGUGUCCUUGAACUGCCAUUUGAUUGGACGUCUCUUAGGCUAGGUUCAUACCGCAGGUCUUUAUGGACAAAUCCGAUUUAGGUCAUCAAAGAGCGAGAGACGGGGAGCUACGUUAGCGAUGGAGCUGUACAUUAGCGAUAGCGGCUAACUUUAACGUAGCUUUUAGGGAAGAGGCGAGCUUGACAAGUCAUUAAAAAAAAAAAAAUCAAAAUUGGGCGGGGUUCAGUGCUCCAAAUGAGCAAUAUUUCAAGACACGGCCGAGAGUCUGGGCCAACUGUAUAUGUGUGCAUCGUGCUAUUGAUCCAUAUAAACUUUGAAUAUAAGACUAAAAAUGUUAUUUGUGGCCUCUUUUUGGAAAUCAAAAUUGAUAGCCCUAGAAUGACGUCAAGCCAGCAUUUGUUUUGAUGCUCCUGCGCAUGCGGGUCAGUUUCCACAGUGCAUCUCAGACUGCGAUUAAUGCGCAUGCGUGAUAUUUGAACGGGCUCAGUGGACAAAGGCGGUCUGCACGGGCAUGCCAAACGGAUGACAGAAAAUGGGAAUUGUGCAUUAAGACCCGUGGUAUAAAACUAGCCAUAGUAAUUAACUCUGUUAAUUGGAAGGUCAUAGUGGUCUACGGCAGUGUUUCCCAUCCAAGGGUGCGUGUGCCCCUAGGGGUACGUGGAAAAAUUAAUUUCUUUCCAAGAUGAUAAAAAACAUUCUUAGGUCAUUUCAUAAGUGCUUCCAUAAAAUGGUA